CCGGGCUCAGGGCUCUCCUCCUCUCCUCCUCUCCUCCUCUCCUCCUCUCCGGGCCGGUGCGCCGGGAUCGCGGCGGAAACCUCCCUCCCCUUUCGCCUGCUCCGGCCCCGGCUCCGGCUCCGGCCCCGGCUCCUUCCCCCCGCCCCUCCUCCGCGGCCACUGGAAUCAAUUCCUCAGGGAAUUGGGGCGCCGCCGCCGCCGCCGCCGCCGCCGCCGCCGCCGCCGCCGCGGGGACAGGCUUUCCGCGCGGGACCCCGGGUCACGGCGGGGCCAUGUGAGCAGCGCCCCUCGGGAGUGCCGCACCGGGCAUGGCCACCUUUCCCGGCAUCUGGAGGAGCACGUGUGCGAGUGUCCUCACCCAGUCACGAAGCUGCUGAGGCCGUCGCAGGGCCGUGGGCGCCAGGAGAGGAAGGCGGCGUCCGAGGGCCGCAUAGCCAUGCCUUUCGGCCUGAAGCUCCGCCGGACGCGGCGCUACAACGUCCUGAGCAAGAACUGCUUUGUCACGCGGAUCCGCCUGCUGGACAGCAAUGUCAUCGAGUGCACACUGUCGGUGGAGAGCACGGGGCAGGAGUGCCUGGAGGCCGUGGCCCAGAGGCUGGAGUUGCGGGAGACGCACUACUUUGGCCUUUGGUUUCUCAGCAAGAGCCAGCAAGCACGAUGGGUGGAGCUGGAGAAACCUCUGAAGAAACAUCUGGACAAAUUUGCUAAUGAGCCUCUGCUUUUCUUUGGAGUCAUGUUCUAUGUGCCAAAUGUGUCAUGGCUUCAGCAAGAGGCCACAAGAUAUCAGUAUUACCUGCAAGUCAAAAAAGACGUGCUUGAAGGCCGGUUGCGGUGUACGUUGGAACAGGUGAUCCGGCUGGCCGGCUUGGCUGUGCAAGCUGAUUUUGGAGACUACAAUCAGUUUGAUUCUCAAGAUUUCCUCAGAGAAUAUGUGCUAUUUCCUAUGGAUUUGGCCCUGGAGGAGGCCGUUCUGGAGGAGCUGACACAGAAGGUAGCCCAAGAACACAAAGCCCACAGUGGGAUCCUGCCAGCAGAAGCUGAGCUCAUGUACAUCAAUGAAGUGGAACGUUUGGAUGGAUUUGGACAGGAGAUCUUCUCUGUGAAGGACAAUCAUGGAAACAGUGUGCACCUGGGCAUUUUCUUUAUGGGGAUUUUCGUGAGAAACAGAAUUGGAAGACAAGCAGUAAUAUACAGGUGGAAUGAUAUCGGGAAUAUCACUCACAACAAGUCUACUAUUCUAGUGGAGCUCAUCAACAAAGAAGAGACUGCCCUCUUUCACACGGAUGAUAUUGAAAAUGCCAAGUACAUCUCUCGGUUGUUUGCUACGCGACACAAAUUUUACAAACAAAACAAAAUCUGCACUGAACAGUCAAAUUCUCCACCCCCCAUCAGACGCCAGCCCACCUGGAGCCGAUCCUCUCUGCCCCGACAGCAGCCGUACAUCUUGCCUCCCAUGCACGUCCAGUGUGGCGAGCACUACUCGGAAACGCACACUUCACAAGACAGCAUUUUCCACGGGAAUGAAGAAGCCUUGUAUUACAACUCUCACAACAGUCUGGACUUAAAUUAUUUAAAUGGCACCGUCACCAAUGGCAGCGUGUGUAGUGUUCACAGCGUCAACUCCCUCAGCUGCUCCCAGAGUUUCAUCCAGGCUUCUCCUGUGUCCUCCAAUCUCAGUAUCCCAGGGAGUGACAUCAUGCGGGCUGACUACAUCCCUAGCCACCGGCACAGCGCCAUCAUCGUGCCAUCUUACCGGCCCACCCCCGAUUAUGAGACAGUCAUGCGGCAGAUGAAGAGGGGGGUCCUGCACGCCGACAGCCAGAGCCAGUCUCUGCGAAACCUCAACAUCAUCAAUACGCAUGCCUACAACCAGCCGGAGGAUCUGGUGUACAGCCAGCCCGAGAUGCGGGAGAGGCACCCCUACACUGUCCCUUAUGGGCCACAGGGAGGCUAUGGUCACAAACUUGUCAGCCCAUCUGACCAAAUAAACCCAAAGAAUAGCUCGGUACCGAGCAAGCCGGGGGCAAGUGCCAUCUCCCACACGGUGAGCACGCCAGAGUUGGCCAACAUGCAGCUCCAAGGCACCCAGAACUACAACACGGCUCAUAUGCUCAAAAACUAUCUCUUCAGGCCGCCACCCCCUUACCCACGGCCACGCCCUGCCACCAGCACCCCAGACCUCGCCAGCCACCGCCACAAGUACGUCAGCGGCAGUAGCCCCGACCUGGUGACCCGCAAAGUGCAGCUGUCCGUGAAGACCUUCCAGGAGGACAGCUCCCCGGUGGUGCACCAGUCUCUCCAGGAGGUGAGCGAGCCCCUCACGGCCACCAAGCACCACGGCGCAGUGAAUAAGCGCCACAGCCUGGAGGUGAUGAGCAGCAUGGUGCGGGGCAUGGAAGCCAUGACCUUGAAGUCACUCAAUAUCCCCAUGGCCCGCCGAAACACGCUCCGGGAGCAGGGGCCACCCGAGGAGGUGCCAGGGAGCCACGAGGCCCACCAGCUUCCCCAUUACCACCACAAGAAGACUUUCUCCGACGCCACCAUGCUGAUCCACAGCAGUGAGAGCGAGGAGGAGGAGGAGGAGGUCCCGGGAUCGGUGCCCCAGAUCCCUGUGCUCCGGGAGAAGAUGGGGUACAGUGCCCAGCUGCAGGCGGCCUUGGCCCGAAUCCCAAACAAACCCCCACCCGAGUACCCUGGCCCAAGGAAAAGCGUUAGCAAUGGGGCGCUGCGGCAAGACCAGGUCAGCCUGCCUCCUGCCAUGGCCAGGGCCAGGGUCCUGAGACACGGGCCAGCCAAGGCCAUCAGCGUCUCCCGCGCUGACCAGCUGGCAGUGGCUGGGCCUUCCCUGGGCCCAUCCAUCUCUGAACCCGACCUGACAAGCGUAAAGGAGCGGGUCAAAAAAGAGCCUGUGAAGGAGAGACCCGUGUCUGAGAUGUUCUCCCUGGAAGACAGCAUCGUAGAGAGAGAGAUGGCCCUCAGGAAUCUAGAGAAGCAGAAGAUGGCAAGCCUGGAGGCACAGAAGCGGCCGCUCAUGUUGGCAGCGUUGAAUGGACUCUCAGUUGCCCGGGUCUCGGGGCGGGAAGAGAAUCGAGCUGAUGCCACCCGAGUUCCCAUGGACGAGAGGUUCAGAACCCUGAAGAAAAAGCUAGAAGAGGGAAUGGUGUUCACAGAAUAUGAGCAAAUUCCAAAGAAGAAGGCGAAUGGCAUUUUCAGCACAGCGGCUCUGCCAGAAAAUGCCGAACGAAGCCGCAUCCGUGAAGUUGUCCCCUAUGAGGAGAACAGAGUAGAGCUGAUCCCGACCAAAGAGAAUAACACAGGUUACAUUAAUGCCUCCCAUAUCAAGGUGGUGGUUGGUGGGGCGGAAUGGCACUACAUAGCCACUCAGGGGCCCCUGCCGCACACAUGUCACGACUUCUGGCAGAUGGUGUGGGAGCAGGGAGUGAACGUGAUUGCCAUGGUCACUGCCGAAGAGGAAGGCGGAAGAACCAAGAGCCACCGAUACUGGCCCAAACUGGGUUCCAAGCACAGCUCGGCCACCUAUGGCAAGUUCAAGGUCACCACAAAGUUCCGAACAGAUUCUGGUUGCUAUGCAACCACAGGCUUGAAGGUCAAGCACCUUUUGUCUGGGCAGGAAAGGACGGUGUGGCAUUUGCAGUACACCGACUGGCCGGAUCACGGCUGCCCAGAAGAUGUUCAAGGAUUUUUAUCCUACUUGGAGGAGAUCCAGUCGGUCCGUCGCCAUACCAACAGCAUGCUGGAAGGCCCCCGGAACCUGCAUCCUCCCAUCGUCGUCCACUGCAGCGCCGGGGUGGGGCGGACCGGCGUGGUCAUUCUUUCUGAGCUGAUGAUCUACUGCCUGGAGCAUAAUGAAAAAGUGGAAGUACCCAUGAUGCUGAGACUCCUCAGGGAGCAAAGGAUGUUCAUGAUCCAGACCAUCACUCAGUACAAGUUUGUCUACCAAGUCCUCAUCCAGUUCCUCCAAAACUCCAGACUCAUUUAACUCCCCCGCCCCGCCCCAGCUACUGGGAGAGGGCCCCAGCUCCAUCUGCAGAUGGGGAGGCACCUCCAGACAACAUCUGCUCCCCCAGCAGGGCGCGGAUGGCCAGAGCAGGCAGGUCAUCGGCUCCUUGACGACAGGAGCCAAGAUUAUUCACAAACAUCAUAUAUUAUUUUAUAUGAGAUAAUUUAUUUUUUUCCCCUUUUGGAUAAUUUUUGUGAAUCAUUGUAAUGCAGUUUUCACCAUUAAUAUAGUACUUUUCAUUUGAACCUUUUUUUUUUUUUUUGACUGAUCUGCAUUGUAAAUAUGUCAGGGAAGGUUGCCUGGUGGAUUGUUUGGGGGACAGAGGCAUAAAGGGAACACAUCUCUAGUGAAGUUGCAGCCAGAUGAGUAGCCAAGCCUGAAAUUCAGCGGCCUGAUUGCUCAUGUCCAAAUCAAAGAUGGCAAGAAAAUGAAUUUGUUCUAAAAUAAGGGCCAAGGCCCUUCCCUGAAGGAAAACAACAACAACAAAAAACACUAUUUUCUUGUAUUUGGGGGUUCCUGAGCCUUGAUGGACACUGGCGUCCUUUCUUCCUUUCUGCCCUCGUCCUCAGCAGCUUGAGUUAAAGACAGGAGCAGCUAGAAGAAAUGCGGCCUUUAUGAUGCAGUAAUGGCCAUUGCCCAGCUGAACGAGGAGCUCUGGGUUGUACCUUUCUCAACACCCCUUCUUCUGGACUCUGGGGCCCCGUGUUCCCUGCCGGGGACUGCACCCUCAAUAUUUCGCUACUACUCCUGUUUACUCAGUGGACCCCAGUCUGGUGGUCUUUGAGGCUCUGGGCCAGGCCAUCUGUGCAGCUAGGCCUCUUGCCCGAUUGAGAGAAGAUAAUGGGCCGGAGUGGGAAGAGAAAGGAGACGGGCAGGCCCUUGAUGGUGUUUCUUAUUUAAAUAGGAUGUGUGUGCUGGACGGGGGCCUGCAGGUCGAGGUGCUGGGUACAUUCUGUCUUUCCAUCAGUCACCAAGUCACUGGAAAGGUUAUAAAGGGAACAGUUGGGAACGCUGAUUUAUGGGGGCUGUUUGGCACUCAGGUGGCAGGGCCCUGGCCAGGAACCGCAGCGAGGGUGAGCCCCCUCCCAGCUGUGCUGCUGUCCCCCCAGGCUCUGGCCUGCAAGAGCAGAACUAAGCCCACUCAGAACGCUGUAAUCCAAAUUUUGGCCACUGGAUGAAAGAUGCUGGGACCUGUCUCGCACGAAGCCCCUCACUGCUUUCCUGUUUUCCAGGCACCCCACCCUCCAGUCACCUUGCAGCUUGGUUCCGUUUGUCUCUUCCUGAGCCUACGCUGGUCCUGAAUUUCUUUCUUUUUUUUUUUUUUUAAGAUUUUAUUUAUUUAUUCAUGAGAGACAGAGAGAGGCAGAGACACAGGCAGAGGGAGAAGCAGGCUCCAUGCAGGGAGCCCCAUGUGGGACUCGAUCCCGGGUCCCCAGGAUCACACCCUGAGCCAAAGGCAGGCGCUAAACCAUUGAGCCACCCAGGGAUCCCUGUCCUGAAUUUCUUGGGUCAGUACACAGUAAAUCAUAUUCCACACAUUUUCCCACUAGCUGGAUUUUAGGCACUUUGCCUCUCUGCUGUCCAGUUUUUCUUGAAUGCAACUUUUAAACUGUGGUUUUGUUCUUAGAAUUGACAUUUGUGGGUGUUCCAUUAUGCCCUCCCCCGCCACUGCCUUUGUUUUGUUUUGUUUUGUUUUGUUUUUCCUGAGCUGAAAAUAUUAAGAAAGAAUGGCAUCAGAUCAACCAGAAAGAGCAAGCCUGUGUGACAUCCGGUUACCACACAGCAACAGAGGGGUGUGGAAGCGGAUUCCCGAUGAACUCCUUUGGACUGGGCAUCCACUCGGUUUCACGUCUGGCCAGGUGUGGUGGUGGGUCUCUCACUUAGACUCAGAGUAUCUGGUGAUGGAGGGGCUCCUCUCUUCUACUCCAGAGACUGAAGAAUCGGUCAAGGAGGGUAACUUCAGUUAUACUCUAGAGAUGCUGGAAUUUGGGUAUUUGUGCUUAGAAAACCAUGAGUUGGACUUAAUGUUUUCAACGGAACAGAGCUCAGCACCCUCACUGGGAGAUGCUCAGAACUCGGCUCCUCGACAGGCAAAGAGGCGGGUUUCCUUUCCUUAGACACUCUUCCAUCCUUGCGAUGGUCUGCUGUGAGGAGUGUUUUCGGAGUUGGUCUGCGGUUACUGGCUUAUCUGGUGCACGACACAAACAUUUCUCUUUUCAUCUCUCAGGCCCCAACGUGGGCACUGUUAACAUCGAGUCUCACGUGGGCAGCAUGUAGAUCUGCCGUCUCUUUGAGCUCAUCACACAUGCUCUUCCUUUCAACCCAUCCACUGUUGUCACUUGGUGCUGUGGGAAUAGUUGUUAAUGCACAAAACGCAGGGAAGAAGUGGGUCUGCUGUCCAAUUUCCUAGCCAAAGUUUAUAUCGAAACCCAAAGGAAACCACUUAAAAGUUACUCCACAUAUUUCAUUUUUAAAAACAAAUGUUUUUGGUUCUGUAGCGCAUUUUGCAUUCCUUUUCCCAUCUCCAGCGAAUGCCAGCACAGUUCCUGUGAAAUUAGCAGCAGGCAUUGAAAGUCCUUCUAGUGGCAUCUGCAUAAUAAUUGCCCAGAGAUGCUUUAUAUCUGGGAAGCAAGCCAAGGAAUAAACCUUGAAGCAAAGUGUAUUAAAUUAGUUAUCUAGUUAGAGCUUUUGGAAUGAGUUCCUGAUGAUGUAUCAAGUCUGAAGCUGGAGCGGUCGGGGUCUAUUUUUUUUUUUUCUGUUUGGAUUUGAAGAGAGAAAAUUAAAAAUAGAGGGGGAAAAAAGAGAUAACCAUCUCCCAGCAAAGCCAUUCAACUCUUUGGGGCCUCUGGUUUUGAAGUUUUCCAGUUGAAAUGUGUUAUUUCUUUGAUCCGUACUCAUUUGGGCACACGGAGCCAGCGUUUGUCCUUGGUUAACUGUUGUCCCUGGAUGGCAGGGCUGAGUGUGGCGUCUUCAUCCUUGAGCUGCGCUGGGCCUGCUGGGCUUAUUGGUUCCCUUGGGCUCCAAGGAGACCCCACCUUCCGUAGCACUGACAUUUACACACACCUCUUUCCUUGGAUGGGAAGUAAGGGAGGAUUUGGCUGCAUUCGAGAGGGAUGUCAAACGUUGAUUUUUUUUUUUUUUUUUUUUUUUUUUUUACAGGAGAGGAAAGAGGAAUGAGCUGUUCUCAGUGAGAGGGGAACAGUAAGAUCAGGAAAGGUGAAAACCUCUCCACAUGGAAUAUUUUGAGCAAUAUGCUUCCAAGGAGCUUAAAUAGAGAGAACUUUACUUUUACAAUCUUCGUGAUCAUGGAUUACAAAGAGGAACUAGUCUUUUAUCUAUUAUUUAUCUCCCAUUGCUUGCCUAAGACUCACUUGGCCAUCUCUGGCCCCUUCUUCCAUCAGCCUGGUCGGAGGGGCAUUGUGGGCCCUGUUGAGAGGGUUCUUGUGGGACCCAACCACUGGCUUUCCCAAUACUCACUUAGCCUCUAUCUUGCCUACUCUGUGCUUUUGAGGUUGUUUUAAACUCCAGGGGGGCUCAAGAGGUCAGCAUUUUUAUCCAGCUGCCUACUUCUCUCAUCUUUUCAGCUUAAUUACAGGUUGACCAUGUGAAAAUGACAAUAGCUGGACCAUUUUUUGUUACAGUGACAGAAAAUUUACAUGAGUCAACCUAAUACAUACAGUAUUUUUUUUCUCCCUGAUAGAGUAGGGGUUGCAACACACCAUAUAUUAUUUCUCCUCACAAGGGCUAAGAAACACAAAAGCAUGUGAAGUGGGUGAGUUGGCUUUGCCAUAAUGAGCUUUGCACUCAGUGAAUGGGUCACCUCCUGGGGCUGGGAAGUCACUCUGUCUGCAGAGAUGUUAGUACACCUAGAUGUUAGCACGCUCUCAUAGGCAGGGUUGGCCAUCAGGCACAUCACUAUGGGAUUUUCGGUGGCCACCUUUUUUUGAUGUACACCUUGUGUUAACUUAGCAGGCCUUAGCACAGUGCUUAUGGCACACGGUGUGUGGACCUGAAGCUGUCCCCAGCCAGAAAACAGAAUGUGCUUUUUGAAUCUCAUUCCUCCACUUCUAGUGACAGGUUUGACGGUGAAAGCAGGUAUAGCUGUUGACUUUCUUUUUCGGGAAAUAUGUCCAUCCCUUUGUGGUGGGGGAGUCUAAGAUAUGUGCAAGGGGGCUGAGACACAAGGGAUGGGAUUGGGUCAGACUUACGUUACUGAUAAUCUAUCCUCAUUCCCCCUCCAUUUUGGCAAUAACUGUUGGGGUCCUAGAAGAGGAGAUUUCAAGAAGUACCAAGUAAUCACUGUUGGGAUCUUUAGGCAGCCCUAUUUGGGCAAUUCAGCUUCCUCACAUUUGACCAAAGACUCUUCUGCUGCUGUUUAAUUUUAUUCCUAUGUACCAGAUGCCCAUCAGGCUCUUAUUUCAUGAUUUCUUUGCAAGAACAAAGUAACAAUUCAUCCAGUGCUGCUUCCAGAUGGAGAAAUUUGGGUUUCCCAUGGAUACUGCACAAAUUUUCCAGUGGCCUACAGCCUUAUGGAUGACAAAUUAGUUGGCCCUAUAGGGUGGAAAUCUCUAAAAUGUUAAAUUAUGUUUGAAGCUUCCCUUGGAUGCUGUGCAAGAAAAUAGAAUGGUUCUUGUCUUUGCCUCGGCUUCUGAGACAUUUGGGGGCAGAAGACCUAAGGGAUACAUCUUUGGAAAAUAACAAGAGAGAUAUGAGGGUUUAUCCAAUCAUAUCUGCCCAUCCAAAUAUGUUGCCCCUAAAGUCACUGUUGUUCGUGGAAUUCUGUAAAACCCAACAGCCAACUUACCUAAUAUGCAACCUUUAUUGUGCUGACUACCUUUAGCUCCAGCUUAAUAUAACUGCAUCUUCUGCAAGGUCAAACUAAAAUGUUCCCUACUAAAACGUCCAAGAACCUGGCAUAUUGAGUAUCUGGCAUCAAUCGAUUGCAUGAGACCGGAUAGUUUAUUGUUGUUUGGUGCAGUGAAGUGGGAGGAUGUGCAUCAGUUCCUAUUGUUCAGAGCUUCGGUCAGCCCUUCUAUUUUAAAAAUAAAUUCAAGGACAUUUCGUUACAAGGCAGGAGGGCGAGAGCUGAUGCGCAGCCUGGCUAUGACGAGCAUCUGCAUAGAAAGUCACUGUGUCUUCUGCGGUGCUUUGGGCCAUCAGGGUCAUUCGUUUCCCCAAGAUGCCAUAGGCUUGCUUAGAGAAGUCAUAAACGAGGCCAGAGGGGUGGUGUGCCGCAGCACCCCUCGGAGGGCCCGGCUGCAGGGUCCCGAUCGGUUUCACCCUUGCUCGUGCUUUUAAAUGGCCCUCAGGGCCCUGGGAGAGCUGGGGAAGCUCCAGGAUUCGGGUGUGAGCCCGGGGUGCCCGCUCACCGGCCUUCUUGGCAGAGGGCCCUGCCCACCGCCUCACCCCCGGGACGGCAUCUCGGCUCCCUGCGAGCCCGGGGCGCACACUCACGCUCCAGGGUCCCCGUCCCCCCGACCGCACUUGUUCCUCGUCUCCCUGGGCAGGACUGUCCUGGGAAGGCACCGUGCUGGGGCCAGGAGCACCUCCCGGCUCAGGGCUCUGCUGCCCCCGCCGCACGGUCGGUCCGCUCUCCCCUCUGCCUUCCCGCCCUUCCCGCGCGAGCCCUGCAGAAUAGCGCAGCCUCGGCAGAAGCGCCCUCCUAGGCGGCCUAAAUUACACGGUUAGGAAAUCGAAUUUUAAUUCUAAAAAGCUCAUAGAGUUUGAAGGAUCAAGAUCUGGCAAAUGGAAAGGGCCAGAAAGAAUGGAAAACAGCUGGAAAGUUGCCAGCAACCAUGCAGCUGCCCUUUGCCCCCCUCUCCCCGCCUUGGUCGGGGUCGUGGCCGCUCCUCGCUACUGGGGACGUGAGAGCAGAUGGAGUCGAUGAGCAGCCCCGGCGGAAGCAGCGCGGGUAGCAGAGGUACUUUGUUUCCCUCCAGGGGGACCUGCACGCGGUCCCAGCGGCUGCGGUGGCCGGUGGCCCAUGUGGUCAGGUGCGCGCAGCACCUGCCCCCUCCUGACCAGCUCCCUUGGCGCAGCCUCUCCCCUCGGACUGGGCCUGGCCUCUCCCCUCAGACUGGGCCUCGGCCUCUCCUCAUGGACUGGGCCUGGCCUCUCCCCUCGGACUGGGCCUGGCCUCUCCCCUCAGACUGGGCCUCAGACUCUCCUCAUGGACUGGGCCUGGCCUCUCCCCUCGGACUGGGCCUGGCCGGCACCGUGGGUGGGAUGGGUGGCAGGUGUCCAGGGAGGGGCAGGACACGCUCAUCACAUGCACCUGCUCCUGCCGUUUCUCCCCCAGCCGCCCUCAGGGAGACGCGAACACCUGCUCCCCUGACCGCAGGGUCCCAGGGGGCUCCCAGGAGCGAGCGGGAAGGUCGGGUCGGGUCUUGGGUCGGGCCUUCUCGUCCUUGGGGCGGAGCUGUUUUCGCCCCCAUCUCAGGAAUGCUGCCUGGAGUGAGUCGGGGUAGCCCUCAGCAGGGGCGUCUGCACGUUGCCCAGGGCCUCCCACCUCCCUCAACUGCAGUGUUAGCUAAGAACUACCUUCCGCAGGGAACCCAAAGCUGUAAUUCAGAGCCUUUGUGUUUUUUGUUUUGUUUUGUUUUUCAACGUGAACAUCGUAGAAUGUUACUGCCAUUUCCUUUGGCUAAACUCUCUUGCCAGUCUGGGGUCUUAAAAAUCUAUUAACCAUUUUAAAAGCAAGGUCACUCUUCAUCGGAGAUGAUUUCCUGUGUGUGUCCUUCGUUCCUUCCAUAGCCAACUGACUUGAGGAUUCUCAAAUGGGAAAACGAGAACAGUUUACAUAUGCAGAUGACUAUUUAAACAUAUAACCUUGUGUGAUUCUCCUUACAUCAAAUAACAGGCCAAUGUGGUUUGUUUCACUGGACUUCUCGUCGGGUUACUUAACUCAGUAUUUUGAUGCUUUCCUUGUCUGUGUUUUACAAGAUGUUGUGAAUCGGGGUCUCAUUCGAAACAAUUGGCAUUUCGUAGAUUUCCUAUUGAAACGACGUCGGGACAAGUCCCCAGCUUAGACACCAGGCUGUUCUUAAGGCCCUUGGGUCAGCCCACGGAAGCCUUUGGACUCGGACAGAGCUGAAACGCAGGGUGGGCAGCCCAGUGUGGUUGGCUGUCGUGAGCUGACCUGGAAAUGUAACCGCCUCGGGUGGUGUUGCCGUGAGACACGCGUUCCAGGUCGGGACUGGGGAUCCUGACAACCCUUGUCCUCCCUGUGGGUAGCCGCUUGCUACCCUGCAAGGUGCAAGUCCGUUCUCUUUGCUACAAACAGUGGUUGUCAGGCGAGAGAGGGAGUGAGAGGUCUAUAGGACAUUCCCUACGUCAGGGGGUGAUUAAUAUUCAUGGCAACUUUAAUUUGGUAUAGCCUCCCUCUCAAUUUAAUAAUAUUAAAAGCCUUAAAUAAAACUAUGCAUGCUAUUCUAUGUGCUUUUUUAUAUCAGUAAAUAAGCUUAUGCUUGCCAGUUUUAUACACAGUUAUGAGGUGUGUAAAACUGACUUUUGACAGUAUUUUUUGCACUGUUUCUUCUGUUUUUAUAAAGUCUUUAGAUAAUGGUCCUAGUUGCGUAUUGUUUAUGUUUUCACCACCCUUGUCAUUGCUGUAAAAUGUUUCAUAUGUGCCUUUACAAAUGUGAGAUCUUUAUUCUAACUUUUUUGUAAAAGAUAUCUAUUGACUUCUAUAUACAAUAAACCUUUUUUUUUUUU